AUGACUGCAUCUAGAUCUGACGAGAAAACCGCCGAAUUCGCUAGGCUCUUCAACCUAUUCGAACGCCUUGCUUCUAGACGCGCCAGAACUGCGGACGCUGGCGCCGUCCUCGACGACGUUCGAUCCCUUCCCGUUCCAGCGGACCUUGCUCCCGUAUUCAAAAACCUUGCCACCAUCGUUGGCACACGCGCGAGCACUCGAGAUACAUCAUCCCACCCUGGUGGUCGUCCACGACGAAAUACUGUCGCCGUUCCGAACAAGGACCUUGCCAACAUGGACACGGACGACGACGACGAAUGCGACGAUGAAGCAUCGCUCGCCAAAUUUCCUUUGGGAAAGCAGUACCCAUUUACGUUCAAGCUAAUGCUGCACAAGUUAUACCAGCUCGAUGACUGGGCUAAGAAGGUGAAAGAUGUUUUGGAGAGGUCACAGCUUGAUUAUAAGCCUCUGGCCGAGCAAGUAGAGCCGAAGAAGAUUGAUAACGAUAUGGAGGUGGUCGUCGAGAAAGAUGGUCAUGUGCACUUCCAACCUGGAGUCACCACUGGCGGCGGUCGAAGGGGAAGCCUUGCUGUUCGUCCUCGCAGCCAUUCGACUGCUGGAGUUGGCAGACAGCCUGAACCAAAGUCACCACGGGGAGGAGAAGGGACGAAUGGGGCCAGGGCUCUGAAGAAGCGCUGUGUGGGGCGAAGGAAGUCGAUGACGGAGCAACUUGCUGCGGAGCCUGGCAGACUUGGUGGAUGGAUCUAUGACGCGGCUGUUUCGUCGGUUGAAAGACAGCCAGUCGUCACCUUUGUUGCUCUACCACCGGCUCAAGAGACGCGCUCGAGAUAUCAGUCCUUGGAGGGAGGGAAAAAACCGAGGCCGAUGAAGAGGAGGGUUAGUGCUGGAACACCUGGCGACUUUCUACCAAGAAUGCCACUUCAGCCUCUCAAUAACGCGGGAACUGCUUCGACAAGACGAAGAGCUUUGACCUUCUGCGAUUUAAGCCAUCAGUCGCAGCAAAAGCAGGCGAAACGCCCCUUCACGCCUUGA